AUGGAGCGACUUGAAGAUUUACAAGACAAUGGACAGUUUGAGGAACACGAUCGUUUGGUUACUUCAUACAUGGAAUAUUUUAUGCGUAAAGGCAACACUGACAUGCAAAUGGCAAUGAUGAUAGAACGCGGAGCGGCUUUUUCUUACCAGAAAAAAUCCCUAAAGGAAAGCAAGCAGCUUUUCUCCUCGGCGAUAGAUUUUGGCUCUACAUAUGAGCUUCGCAAUCCAAAUAUUUUAUUAGCGAGAGCCUACUAUAGGUACGUACAGGUCUGUAGAUAUCAAAAUAGCAAAAAGCUUCCGCGUCUCCGCCAGUUCCUCGAAAGAGGCGAAUUCUUGCUGCAAAACCACGAGUCUCCGGAGGACUUGGCUGAGAUUUACUACAACUAUGGUUCAAUUUAUUUGAUGCAUAUGAGUACGAUUCCGGAUGACGAGAGAAAUGCAGAAGCACGAAACAAAUACCAGAGGAUGGUAAAAAAAUACUUCGAAAACACAAUUGAAGCGGGCAAGAAGGAUCCCAGAGAGAGAGUGCAAGUUAAGAAGCAAAUAUAUGGGCACCUUCGAGUGGCAGCUCUUUUACUCGAUUGUAUAUCAACUGUGGCACGAACUCGAAUAAAAGUCAUUCCCCCGCAAGAUAUUGCAGAUGCAGUAAAACAUCUCGAUAUUUUGGAGCACCAACUAGCUGAUGUUAUUCCUCGAGGAACGCGAGUGCAGGUUUUGAAAACCCGCUCUGAUCAGUAUUAUCGACAGGGAAGGGCAAUGUACCCACUAGCCAAGAAAACCGCCGAAGAGGCAUUGGAAAUUGCUCAGCAUCAUGAAUUCACCACUGAGCUGUCUUCGCUUCAAGAGCGCAUCGAUUUUCUUCAGCAGCUGUGCCACGAUAUUCCACACAGAGAAAAUAUAAAGUCUCCUUUUGGCAACGAGUCUGAAACCUCCAGCAAUGAUGGCAGCGGUGAAACAAGCGCCAGUGAAACGGAACAGAAAUGUUGAAAAGACUAACCUUAUGUGAAAGUGAAAAGGUGGUGUCUGGAUUUAUUAUUCUUUCAAAUUUAUCAGGAAAGCUCUAAUUCAGUCGUGGAAGAGUUAAAAGAAAUAUGCCUCUUAUCUCAUUUAACACAUUGCCAAACUCUUUCUUUAUCUCUCUGGACGGAUCCAUGAACUUCAAUUUCUGAGAAAUGACGCCAUAGCUUUUCUUUUAAGACACUCGAUGUUUAGAAAUAUGUGAUUUGCAAACGGGAAGAAGUAUGUCAUUGUUUAAUGAUUUAAGUUGUGACACAAUUGAUCUACUUAACUAAAAAAAAAGUGAAUAUCACGCGCUUUGCAUGUGAUUAACUUUCACAAUUUGAAAAGCGUAGGAUAGAAUGCUUGUAUAAAGUUAUUUAAAUAUCUUGCUGGCUGAAAGGUUUUCUCCACAGAAGAGAAUCUAACACUUAUGUAUGUAGAAGUUCUUUAAAUAAAUGUCUAGUACUCUGUCUCGAGAUUGAGUUUUCAAUGCGGCCUAGCGAACCAAAAAAGGUUGAAAAGAUACAAACAACGCCAUUGAUGAUUACUUCUCAAAUAAAUUGCCUUCAUCGGUAUAAAAUGCAAAUCAAUAUUCACCAAGCUCGUCUCGAUGAGAUAUGGAAGAACUCCACUGAGAAUUCUAAGAGGAACUGAGAUGUCGACAUAGAAAAAGGAUUUUUAUCCAUAUUUGAAAACCGCAGAUGAUAGAAACAAAGUGUGGUAGAUAACAACAUCACAUGAGAAUUUGCUUGAGUAAGCAAAUAAAUUACAUAAAAUAGACUCUUUGUUUUACAAGAAAGAGAGUGGAAGGUGAGUUAUAUAACACGAUCACAUGAAAAUUUGCUUCGGUAAGCAAAUACAUUACUUAAAAUAGACGCUUUCUUUUACAAGCAAGAGAGUGGAACGUUUGUUUAUUUUUAUUCCUUUGGUGUUUGUCUACCUUUACAAACGAUCAUUUCAAAGGUUAACUUAGUUUUUCUGUGGCGCUAAAAAUUACUUUAAAAUAUCAUUACGUAACUGCGUUGAUAAUUUUACCAGAAUUCAGACUUCGGGGACUUUCCCUUCAAAAUGCAAAUGACUCGUGUUGAUGCUGCAUAAAAAUGAAAUAUGACUCGCUGAGAAAGUUCAGAGUUUUCGAGAUUUCACCGAGUAUUACUUUACUUCAAGGCUUAACAAAACACCAGAAUCGCGUUUGAAGGUACGAUCACAGUUUUUCUUUUUUAAUUUGCUUUUUUACGUACGAUCAAUCUGUUGUCUUGUAUAUUUGUUGAGCAAACAUUUGUCUGCGCAGACGCAGAGUUUUCAUGAAAGUACGGUUCAAAAGAUGGCAUGUCGAUCGAGGUUCGCUUUGUCACAUGACUCUUUAAAAAGCAAUACUUUAAGAUGUGAGCUGUGAAAGAGUCGCAAGAGAAUGACCGUCCCUAUUGUGACAGAGGUAUUUAAACCUCUUUAUCGAGUAUUAAAAAAGAAGAAGAACUGGAUUUGAUGCCCCAUUCGAUUUGGUGCAUUUCCAUCUUUUAAAAGACCUACUUGUGCCUUUGAAGUUAGCUUUUUUCGUGACAAAAAUCGGCUUGAAAAUAUCGGGACGUGUUUCCUUUUAAAUCUGCAUCGAGAGCAUAGAGCGAGCUAUGCUCCGCAAAUAUUCAUGCGCCUCGCAUUUCUUUUGACACAUUUAGACUUCGAAAUAUUUCAGAGCUCGUUGGCCAAAAUGAUACGAUUUAUUAAACAUUUGCGGUUUCCCUUGCUCUAAAGACGAUUGUGAUCGGCUGAUUAGUAAUCAUGUGGCCAUGUGUACCGAGGAGGUAAAUUUAUUGAAUGGGAUCAAUGUCUACGUUUUGCAAGUGACCAGAACGUGGCUGAGGCUGGUGGUGUGUUUAUUAUCGUCUCCUACUUGGUGUUAGCGUUACUCUUGACUGAGAAUGAAAAUCGACAACUGGAAAAUUUGCCACCGGCUAAUUUUGGCCGUUUACCUGAAAGACUUCUUCUUUCGGUAAGGACAAAGUCAAUAAAUGAGAAUUUUGUAAAUUGAAAAUUACGACCAUUUUUUUUUGGUAAUCAUGAUUCAACGUAUUUUUCCAUCUUAAGAGUCAGCACCAACGCACUCUACGAUUGUUAUUCGAGGAUUGUCGAUUCGUUUAUUUUCAUUCAUUAAUGAAUUCGGCUUUUCUUCCCAGUAAAGGGCUAUUGUGUUUAUAUGAUAAACAAAAUAAUACAUGGUUGCUUGUAGAUAUGGAAUUUUUCUACUCAUGUUCAACUCGACAGCUCACGAGUGAGCUAUCGAGUUAAACAGUCUAAGAGAAAUUCCAUAUCUACGCGCGCCCAUGUGUUAUUCUCUAUUUCUAUCUGAAGGGAUUUCAAUUCAAGUUUGCAAAUUCGCUGUCAGUCCAUCAAUCAAGGAUAUGGCACAACGCCUAAAAGAUCUACCUAACAACGAAAUGGAAGAACUACCAAAUGAAACCGGAACUGCUGCAAAGACUCUAAUAUUUGAUCAAUGUGAACAUCUUUCAUAUACGCCAAGCUCGUAUCAGUUGCCGAGCAAACAUCCAAAUGCUUCAGCUGUAACACCACAGCAGUCUUCUUUGGAAGUGCAGCAAGGCAAAAUUCAUCAAAGUGUCCGUCAAGCGAGUUUUCAGUGUACCCAUCCAUCAUGGGUGAGUCAAGGACAGCACUCCCCAUAUGAGGGCGUUGCCGAAGCACAAGGGGACACGCUGGGAAACGUCUUACUGCUGGCCAUUACCGAUUGUGAGAUGGCGAUAGUAAGCCAGUCAACUGAAAAGCGAAAGCAGAGUUACUGCGAACAUUGUUCCAAAACAGGGAAAACCGAUGUCAACACUUGCGAAGACGAAGAAAAACAGAACGCAGUAUGUUCCAACCACGUGCCUAGUAGUAUAGUAGAGAUGGAAGACAUUAUGUCAGCAAAGCAAAAUGAAGAACACAGUAAAAUGCAGUUGAAUGAGGAGAAACGACUUGAUGACCCAAAAAACCAAUACCUGAGUAUAAAGCCUUCAAGUAUAGCGCCAUCUUUACCAAUGAUUAAAAAACGGGGAUAUCUUAACGGACCGCGAUGCGAGCGAAUCAUGGAACGACUGGAAAUUCUACAGGAUAAGGGACGAUUUCAAGAACACAAGUGUUUGGUCAAAUGUUUGCUCAAACACCGCAUGGAGCGUAAAAGCAGCAACGUUACACGCGAUACACCGUGUGAACAACUGUUGAAAAAACUUGAAUUUCAGCAGAAUGAUAGAAAACUUGAAGAUACAGAUGUUUUGUUUCAUUUGUACUCUCGACUUUGUGGGGGAGAAGAAUAUGCUGAUUUGGAAUUAUCUCUUGUGAUCGAACAAGGAGUUUCCUUUAUGUACCAGAAAAAAUUUAAGAAAAGCAAGCUCUUUCUAACCUCAGUUAGUGCAUUUGGUGAAUACUGUAAACUGAAAAAUUCGAACAUUUUAAUAGCAAGAACGUAUUUUCUUCUGAUAGAACUAAAUAUGCACAUGUACAAGAAAAUUAAGAAGAUUCAAACCCUGUUUGAAUAUUUGGAACGCAGCGAGGACUACUUGAAACAUCACGAUUCCCCAGAGGACAUGGCUGAGUUAUAUUACAACCGUGGAUUACUCUGGAUGAUUUUCACGUGCACGAUCCCGGUCGACGAAGGGCAUGCACAGGCACGGAAACAUGCCCGAGAAAAUGCGAUACGUGAUUUCGAGCUCGCAAUUGCUUAUUCUCAGGAGGAUACCCGUUUGAGAGUUAGAGAGAAGAAGCUGACAUUCUGCCAUCUAGGCAUCGCAGCUGUCCGCCUUGACUGCACAUCGACUAACGCCCGAAAUGAGAUAAACAACAUUCAUGUCACUACGGAAGAUAUUAAAGAUGCACAAAAUCACCUGGACUAUAUCUUGCACGAAGUGGGUGAUUCCCUCGCCAUAGGGCCACGCAUGCAUCUUUAUAAGAAUCGUUCAGAUCAGUAUUAUCGAGAAGGUUUCUAUCAAUUGGCCAAAGAAACAGCCGAAAAUGCCUUACAAAUUGCAUCCAACUAUGGAUUUAAAACUGAAGAGGACACGCUGAAAGAGCGAAUCUAUUUUCUGACGAACCUACUCGUCAACGAAAACAGUUCGUCCGGUACGGACGAGGCUCAAAUCUUCAGCUCGGACAACGACGCCAGUUCGGAAGCAUCUUGA